UAGCUGCAGCUACGGUACAGCAGGGUUUCCUGAGGAGAAAUACGAGAUACACCGGGUGCAUAACGAUUGAAGGUCUGCGUUAUUAAUUAAAAUAAACAUGGCGACAAUUACUCCUAGUAGGAGCACAACCCGGACUCCUGGAACUCAAUCCCCCGGCAGCCCGACCCGCUUGAGCCGUCUACAGGAGAAAGAGGAGUUGCGGCAUCUCAAUGACCGCUUGGCAGCCUAUAUCGAGCGGGUACGGUCGCUGGAAGCAGACAAGUCGCUGCUGAGGCUGCAGUUAGAGGAGCGAGAGGAGGUGACAUCCCGGGAGGUGUCCGGUCUUCGGCUGCUUUAUGAGACUGAAUUGGCAGAUGUGCGCAAACUGCUGGACCACACGGCCAACGAGAGGGCCCGAUUGCAGGUGGAGCUUGGUAAGCUUCGUGAGGAGCAACGGCAGCUACAAAACAGAUGUAAUAAAAAGGAAAAUGAUUUAAACCUUGCUCAGAAUCAGUUGAGAGAAUUAGAAGCUAAGUUGAACUCCAAAGAAGCCGAUCUUGCAACUGCGUAUAGUGGGAAAAGAAACCUUGAAGGACAACUCCAAGAUCUGAAAGCUCAGUUAUCUGAUCUUGAAUCUUCUUUAAAUGAUGUUACAAAACAAUUGCAUGAUGAGAUGUUAUGUAGAGUUGACUUGGAAAAUAAAAUGCAAACUCUUAGGGAGCAAAUGGAUUUCCAAAAUAAUCUUCAUGAACAGGAGGUGCGGGAAAUGAAGAGCCGUCAUGAGUCAAGGAUAGUUGAAAUAGACUCGGGACGCCGGGUAGAAUUUGAGAGCAAGUUAGCUGAGGCUCUACAGGACCUGCGGAAAGACCAUGAGCAACAAAUCAUGGAUUACAAAGAGCAUCUGGAGAAGAACUUUAAUGCAAAGUUGGAGAAUGCACAGCUUGCAGCCACAAAAAACAGUGAUUAUGCCAGUGCAACUAGGGAAGAGAUCUUGGCAACAAAGAUGAGAGUAGAUUCUUUAACAUCACAACUAAGUCAUUGUCAAAAGCAGAAUUCUGGGCUGGAGGCUAAAGUUAGAGAGUUGCAAGAAAUUCUAGACCAUGAACAUGACAUGCACAGAAGACAGAUGAGCGAAAAAGAUAGAGAGGUUUCUGAAAUGAGGUACAAAUUGCAGUCGCAACUGGAAGAAUAUGAGCAACUACUGGAUGUGAAGCUUGCAUUAGAUAUGGAAAUAAAUGCAUACAGAAAAAUGCUGGAAGGAGAAGAACAAAGGCUGAAACUAUCACCCAGCCCUUCUCAGAGAACUGCAGUGUCUCGAGCAUCUGCAAGUCACAAAAGUCGUAUGUUACGUGGUAAGAAAAGAAAGCUGCAGGAAACGGAGAGUCCAGAAACCAGAAGCAGAUAUAAGAUUGUUCAGCAAGCCUCCUCUUCAGGACCUGUGUCUGUAGAUGAUAUUAACCCAGAGGGGAAUUUUGUCAGACUGGUUAACGGCGCAGAGAAGGAUCAACCCCUACAUGGAUGGAUGCUAAAAAGGUUUAAUGCAAGCAUGCCUGACAUUGUGUAUACAUUCCCAAACCGAUAUGUUCUUAAAGCGGGACAAGAAGUAACUAUUUGGGCUACUUGUGAUGCUGCUGUGCACAGUCCCCCUUCUGACUUGGUGUGGACAUCUCAAAGGUCCUGGGGCACAGGAGAUAAUAUUAAAAUAAUACUUAUUGACUCCACUGGAGAGGAAUGUGCUGAGCGAACACUCUUAAGAGUAAGGAAGGAUGAAGGUGAAUUGGAAGAGGAAUUCUAUGAGGAGGACUUUUCAGAAAGUCAAUUUCGACCCCAGUCUCAUCAUUCAAUGGAUCCCAGCUGUUCCGUCAUGUAA